AUGAAUCCAGUGUUGCGUACCGUGGCCACCGUGCUGGUGCUCGCCGUUGUAGCGGCCAGUGCCGGCCAAACCGAGGAUUACCAGAGCCAGGGUCUGCGGGCGAUCGUGCGUAUGUACGACGAGUGUUCGAAGGCGGACAGUGGGUUCAGCCCCUGCCUGAAGAAGCGUGCCAUCACCUUUAUCGAUCGGUUGGCGCGCGUCGAUACGCUGAACGUGGGCGACGUGAAGAUCGUCCGGAACGAGCGGUCGUCGAGCGGUGCCGAACCGAGCAAACCACUGACCGAGGCCGAACUGGAGCAAACGUUGCCCCGUGGUUUGGAGGCCCGCGAUGAGGCGCUCACCAACAUGCUGCUCGAGAAGGUGGCCGGCAUCUUCAGCAGCCGCACGAUCCAGAUGACCCUCCCGAAGCUGUCCAGCGAGGAGCUUGGCCGUGGACUCGAAGAAGGCCGUGGCAAGAUGAAGAAGAUGAUGAGCAUGAUGAUCAUGGGUUUUAUGAUGAAGAUGGCCGCCAUGGUACCGGUGGCGAUCGCUGGCCUCUAUCUGCUCGCCGGUAAGGCGCUCAUCGUCUCCAAGAUUGCACUGCUGCUGGCCGGUAUCAUCGGGCUGAAGAAGUUGGUCGCCAGCAAGCAGCAGCACGGUAGCGGCUGGUCGAGCGGUGGUUCCGGACACGGUGGCUGGGAUCGUCGAUCGGUCGAUGUGGCCCACAACAUGGCCUACAACGCGUACGCCAAGAACCAGGCGUAA